CAUGUCCUAUAACAACCCUCUGAAUCACAAGCAAGAUGUCCUGCGUCUGAUACACCCAUCUAAAGUUAAUGCGCAACAUCCUGCAACCAUCUUCUCUUUGGCCUUCCUCUUCCUAUCUUCCCAGGCAUUUACCCCUCCCUCCCUCCCUUGGUAUUCUUUUCAAACUUUCGUAAC